UUUCAGUGCGUUGACUAAACGCCACGUAGGUUUGAGUGUGAACAGGAUCUGCUGAUCUUUACGGCAUCGACGACUGAUAAAAAGCAAUAUUUAACAUCUGUUUUGGUACAUAUAACGUUAUCAGAUUGUAGGUGGAAUGUGGUCCUUUCGCACACUUUGGUUACAGAGUUUGGUCAUUGCUAUGAUCUUCGUGGGCCAGCAAGCAUAUGUUUACUCCCAUGAACAUGCACAUGGUCAACAUCAUCAUGGACACUCCCACGGUGAAGGUGGUUGCCACGGACACUCGCACGGUGGGGUAAAGAUGCACCACGGAGCGAGCAAAUGGAGCGCUGAAGCUAAUCUGCCUUUUGCCGAAGAGGAGCACCAUGGGCACGAUCACGGUCAUGAACACGGCCACGAUCACGGUCAUGAACAUGGCCACGAACACGGUCAUGAACAUGGUCACGAACAUGGCCAUGGCCACAAACACGGUCAUGAACAUGGUCACGAACAUGGCCACGGACACGAACAUGGACACGGCCACGAUCACAGUGCAGAGCGUGUGAAAAGAGAAGCAGAGGGAGGAAAACGCGACCUGGUCGAACUCUGGAUGCAGGCAGUUGGAGCAACUUUGUUGAUCAGUGCAGCACCCUUCCUAAUCCUCUUCCUCAUCCCAGUGGAAUCCAACACUGAUCAGCACCAGAACCUCCUUAAAGUGCUCUUGAGCUUUGCAUCUGGAGGUUUGCUGGGUGAUGCCUUCCUUCAUCUCAUCCCUCAUGCUCUAGAACCUCAUUCUCACCACGGCGAAUCACACGGCGCCGAGGAGUCACAUGGUCACUCACAAGACAGUGGGGAGUCACACGGUCAUUCCCAUGGUGCUGCCCAUGGUCACAUGAUGUCUGUGGGUUUGUGGGUACUAGGCGGCAUUGUUGCAUUUCUCGUGGUUGAGAAAUUUGUUCGUCUUUUGAAGGGAGGACAUUCUCACUCUCACUCUCAUGCUCCUUCAAAAGCAAAAGACAGUGAUGGAAAAGAGAUUAAGACAGAUGAGAAGACGGGCACAAAGGUUCGCUCUAAUAAGAAGACAGAAAAGACUUCUGAUAUUAAAGUGUCUGGCUAUCUGAACCUGGCCGCAGAUUUUACGCACAAUUUUACAGACGGUCUUGCAAUUGGUGCGUCAUUUCUGGUCAACCCGGCGGUUGGUGCCGUGACCACAAUCACCAUCCUUCUACAUGAGGUUCCACAUGAGAUCGGAGACUUCGCUAUUCUCGUCCAAUCAGGAUGCACCAAAAGAAAGGCCAUGUGUCUGCAGCUUCUCACUGCUAUUGGUGCAUUAGCUGGAACAGCCUGCUCUUUAUUGGCUGAAGGGGUGGGUGCGGCGGCCACGGCUUGGAUUCUUCCCUUCACGGCCGGAGGCUUCAUUUAUAUCGCCACCGUCACGGUUCUGCCCGAGUUGCUGGUCGGACGCUCUAGCUUCUGCCAGUCCAUGCUGGAGAUUACAGCCCUGCUGUUUGGAGUGGGAAUGAUGGUGCUGAUCGCAGAGUAUGAGUGAAAGGAGGAGAAGAGUAUAAGACAGGGAUCUGAGCUUUUAAAGACAGUGAAGUAGAAGAUUGUUUUUGAGCGAAUGUUACUGUUGAGAGCAGAGAAAAACAUCUGUGACUGACUGACUGACUGACAAAGUCACUGUAUGAAUGAAAGUAAAAAAAAUCACUAUUUUACCCAAAGACCAAAACGAGUGGGCCACUUAGUAAUUUUAAAUGAAAGGACCAAAUGUUACCCUGGGACCAGCAGCUGUAAAAUCUGACCCAGUCGUUUCUGCUGGUACAGGUAAUGUCAGGUAGAGAAUUUGGGGGUUAUCAUUACAGCAAUGACCAUUUUGUUCCCAUGAUGCAUCAUUUUUCUUUGUAGCUGUGCACUUAAAUAAACUAUUUGUGCUUGAUCAUCAA